GGAAGAGGAUAUUCUAGCGAUUACUUGUUGAAUUUAAAACAAAUCGUUAUGCUUGCAUUCGACAAUCCAACAUCGGAUGAUGAAGAUCCUACAGCCAAGAACCACUCGCUCAUGCCUACCAUGCACGGACACCUCAUUUAUUUAGUAGUGUGCAUCAAUUCCAUUCUUGAGAUGAGAGCUAUGCCUAUUUUCGUCCGAGGCAACGUUUUGAGUAAUUUGAGAAGCGUUCAUACUCUCAACACCUUAUACAAACAAUUAUUAUACUCCCCAGUGUUCGGAGGAUUAGUCAAUUGUAAUCCAGAAUUAGUCACUAAACUAUCUCAAAGCGGUCACUUCCUAUUACAAAGACAAGUCGCUUCAGUUCUAUUCGCCGUGAUACUAUCAGGACUCGCUGACCAAGUCUCAGCUGACCUUCCUCUCUCAUCAAGUGCGGCAGCCCUCAAAGUUGUCUGCUCGCCGAGUAGCAACGAAUGUGGCAUGUGUUUGGAUGUCAUCACGGAUGAUACGGACUACGCCAUGCUCACCUCCUGCAGCCACGUGUUCUGCAUAAGAUGUGCUAACGAAUGGUUCACUAGAACAUUGUCUUGCCCGAUGUGUCGGGCGCGCAGGAGCUUCUGGCUGCCGAGGUCGCUGGUGCUGAGUUACCUGCUGUACGCACAUGCCAACAAUAGGCUGCUCGAUGUCAAUUUUGACGUUCAGGUGCACCUCAAGUCAAUCCUUGUAUCCCUGCUUAAACCUUAGAACCUGCAAUAACCCUUCGCCUUUAGGUGAGCUUGCCAAGAACAAGUAGUGAAAAGGUAACACGUCAAAUUAUUUAAGUAGAUCAUUAGGCUACAAAUGCCUUCUAAAUCUGAAGCCCUACUCACUAAUUCUCGGUAUAAUUUUGAGCAAAUUUAAAGCUUUCAUGUAAUUCCUUGUCAUUUUGUUUAAUUCUAGUAAGCUUUGAGCAAGAUAGAUAGUUAGCUUUUAAUAAUUC